AUGGCAGCGCGAGCAAAUUACCGGGCAUCCAUUCAAUUCCCUAAUGCACACAGUGACGGUAUCUGGAGCACAUUCUGGACGUCUAAUGACAAGAUUUUGACUGGAUCGGUAGACGAAGUCGCCAAGGCCUGGGAUGUAACGAAGGAUGCCGUGUCCAUUUCGCAGCAGUAUCCGGGCCAUGUUCUGGGUACGAUCUCCAUCGUCGGUAACAAAGCGGGUACACACGCCGUCACAAGCUCUCUCGACUGUCAGAUUCGUGUGCUCAACCUUUCGUCGGGUACAGUGGAAAAGACCAUUGAUGCCGGUCCUGGUGAGCUCUGGCAACUUGCCUAUAGCCCCGACGAGACCAAGCUCGUAUCGGGCAGUCAGCAGGGCAAAAUCAACUUCUUUGACAUGGAGACGGAGAAAAUCGUGCAGGAAAUACCAACACAAGCCAAGUUUGUGCUGAGUGUUGCUUACUCUCCAAACGGGAAACACGUUGCGUGUGGUAGUUUUGAUGGUUACGUUGGCGUGUAUGAUGUAGAAACUAGAGCCCUGGUCCACAAAUACGAAGAUCGUACAAAGCCGGUGCGCUCGGUCGCGUACUCACCGGAUGGGAAGCUGUUUGCAGCCUCGGAUGAUAUGCACGUCAAUGUUUACGAUGUUGCGUAUGAAAACGCUGUUGCCGCUCUUUCUGGUCACGUCUCGUGGGUAUUAAAAGUAGCGUGCUCGCCUAAUGGUACGCAAUUUGCUACGGGCGGUGCAGACCGGCGUGUAAAGAUUUGGGACAUAGGUACGAGGCGCUGCUUGACCACUUUUGACACGCAUACCGAUCAGGUGUGGAGCGUUGCGUACAACUCGUCAGGAUCGCGAUUAGUCUCGGGUGGUGAUGAUGCGUUGUUGCAAGUGUACGAGACUGCCAUACUAGCUUAA